AUGCUGACCUUAGACCAAGUGCAGAAGGAGCAACCGACGACAGAUGAAUACGGUACACUGGUCAUUCGUGGAGAGAAGGUUCCGCCGCAAAAUGUAGGCGGUGUUGGUUUUGUUGUGCAUCCAUCUGUCGUCCAUCUUUUCGAUUCUCACGAGAUCCUGUCACCUUGUCUGGACAUUCUUCACCAUCGCCCUCUGCGCCAAAAACCCAUCAGUAUCAUCAACUGCUACUCAUCAACAUCAGUAGCUGAUGGAUCCGAAAAAGCGUUGCAGGGCGAUCUUUCAAAACACAGGCAGAAGAAGAUUCUGGAAGCAGCACAAAGAAGAACGAGUCUCAAGAAGUACCGCAGGGAUCUCCGAGAAUACAAUACUCUGCUAGCAGGCGUGCUGAGCGAAGACGGAACUCGCAUCUCUUCUCGUCGUGAGAUGGAAAUCAUUACGGAGAAGUUCUACUCGGACCUUUCCCGUUCAUCAACUCCUGUGUCAAACCCGAUCAUUCGCACUGGUGAUACUCCACCACGGAUUCUCCCUUCGGAAGUACGAGUCACUAUCAAGAGCAUGAAACCUGGCACAACUCUCGGGCCUGAUUUUAUAUCACCAGGCUCACUUCAUGAAAUCUUAUCAGAGCACAUGACGUCAUGUCCUCAAAAGGGAAGGAACCCAGACGGGGCGCUGGAUGAGGCCCAGCCUCAAGAACAAGCCGGAUUCUGUCAAGGGUUCAGCUGCUUGGACCUCAUCCAGACUGUGCUGAAGUUCACAGAGGUUUGCCCGAAAUACCGCCUGCCCCUCGUUCUAACCUUGGCCGACUGUAAGAAAAGCUUAGACAGCAAAGAAACGAAUGCAAUUCUGUCAGCGCUUGUCGAUCAAAGUGUGGACGCAUCGUAUGUGAGGGCAUUAGCCAACUGCUACGACUUAUGCAUCACUAGCAUUUCUACCGUCUCUUCACCAUACUCAUUAGAAAAACGAAGUACCAAUAAAGUAGAAACGGUCCCCAAGGAAUUGAACAAAGCAGGGAAGAGAAUAGGACUGCGAAUAAACAGAAAGAAGAUACAGUUCAUGAAGAACGCCUACUGCGAGGACGGAGGAGUGCAACUUGAAGGCUCCCAAAUCGUGGAAACUUCGUCAUACGUAUACCUCGGACGUUCUAUGAACAUGGAAAACGACUUGAAGGAAGAACUGAAUAAAAGAAUGAGAACAGCAUGGGCAGCAUUUGCAGCCGUCAGGGAAGCUACGGACCAACUGACAGACCAAGAUCUUCGUGCCCAUCUGUUCGACUCGACAGUUCUUCCAGCGCUCUGUUAUGCAGCGGAAACGUGA